AUGGCGGCCGUAGGAAGUACGUGUAUGCUGGUGUGUCUGGCGCUCAUGUGGCCGAACUCGAAUUUGGUGACGUCAUCAGCGCCCACACCUGAGGACUGCGUCCCGGGGAUGUUCGGUAACCAUGGAAACGGCUCGGCGGCGCUGUGGGCCUGCCGGGCGCAGGUGGCACUGCAGCGGAACUGGUUCCCGUCACCCAUUGCGGGCCUCUUCAGCUAUCAGGUGUGGAACGGUUUUGACGGUUUCUGGCAGAACGGAGCUGUUCUGGAGACGUUCGCAAACUUCAUGCACUACGGAAACCACACCAGGUACCAGACGUGUCUGAAGUCGUCCCUGCGGCAGAUGUAUGACCUGAUCCUGGCCUACGCGCCUGCGCCCUCCUAUGACGACAUGGCGUGGUUCGGGCUCAGCUAUCUCAGGAUAUAUGAGGUUCUCGGUGACAAGGACUUCCUGUCCCUAGCUCAGCAGAUUCACGACUGGAACUACCAGUACGGAUGGGAUCAUACGGGCACUUGUGGAGGUGGGUACUGGUUCUACGAUAAGAAAACCACCAUCACAAAUGUGCAGAUGUUACAGCUGAGCGCCAAGUUGUACAGACACACCGGGAACUCAACAUUCCUGGAGAGAAUGAAGACGACCUGGAAGUAUAUACAGAAAAACGGACUGAUUGAUCAGGAAACGUUCCAGGUGUCGAACAUAGCGACCGACAACUGUACGGGAAACCGUGACUUCAACAAAACCUUCAACAGCGGGGUGCUGGUGGGCGGCCUGGUGGAGAUGACUAACAUCCUGAACGACACCAGCUACCUGAAUCUGGCUCACCGGGUCGCCCAGGCAACCAUCUUCUACAACUCUCACCAAGGGGUGCUGGUGGAACGCUGCUGGCCGGAGUGUGACAAGGACGAAUAUGUUUACAAAGGAAUCUUUGUCCGCCACCUGCGCUACCUCAUGGAUGUUUCUGAUGACAUCACCAGGAAGGCCUACAGCGACUGGCUAGAUGGCAACAUAAAGUCUGUGAUUUCCAACGCUGUCUGCUGGCCUGAGAUGAGGUCCUGUAACAUAACCUACCAAGACGGGCCUUCACUGUACAACAAAACUGGACCGGUCUUUGACUUAGAGUGGAGGGGGCCUUUCAACAUCUCCAACCCUAUGGUCCAGGCAGAGGUGUUUGACCUCCUUGUGGCUAACAUCGCGCCUGGGACAACCUGUCACGGGACAGGGUGCACGUACGACCCGCCCGUCCCCCCGCCACGCCACCUGACCUGCGCAGACAAGCCCUGUCCCACGGGACAACCCUGCUGUGAGUAUCAUAAGAGCUACACCUGCUGUGAAGAGACGCAGAAGUGUGUCAAGGGGGUCUGUACAUGA